AUGCCGCCCCAUAGUAGAGGGGACUCUGUUCCUUCAGGGUUCUACUCGAAAUCGACGCCCAAUCUACCCACUUUAGGGUCAUUCGACAGGGACGGUCGCGAAGAUCAUACACAUGCUUCCCCUCCACGAUCCGCUACUCGUCCAGGAGCAAGUCCCUUGUCGCCAGUAUCGAACAGCGCUCUCUCGGAGGCGGCCUCCGUAGAAGAUAACCAAGAUGAAGACGAGGAGCCUUUCGUGGUAGAGGACGUAGCGAGUGAGGAUGAAGAGGACGAAGAGGAGCCAGCGCAUACGUCUCGACCACUGUAUACCUCUAAAUCGUAUAGUCACCUCCCGCGACAUACUGCGACUGCGCUCUUUCCACCCUUUUACAACAGACCUCCUACUCCGCUGCCGCCGUCCCCAUCAUUGACGUCGCUCCUCCGACCCGCGUUCAGCCGCCCGACCUCGAGACCUACAACACCAGACUCGUCGGAUGUAGAAGGAUAUACUAGAGCUGGUUCGCAUACCACUGGCACAAGCACACCCACGAACCUCGCGAGCUCGGCACGGCAUGCGCCGACAGUACCUCGGGCCUCGCCGAAAGUCCCUACAUACGAAUACUACGGCUUUGCACUGUACCUAGGCAGCUCUGCCGCAUUUCUCAUGUACAUCCUCUGGGCCUAUGUACCAGCUCCCAUGUUGCACCAGAUGGGAAUUCACUACUACCCGAACAGGUGGUGGGCGCUCGCAGUGCCAUGCUGGCUGGUCGUGCUAGUCAUCUACAUCUACGUUGCCCUAGCAAGCUAUAACACGCGCUACCUCACACUACCGCUGAGCAGCUGCGAGAACCUCGUCGAUGAAUGCGCACAGAUAGCUGUUGUUGAUCGGAUAACUGGACAGAUAGUCCGCGAUCCGGUGCUAGUAACAGACAAGCUUCACGAUAAAGACAAGGAAAAAGGUACUAGAGCGAGUGCACCUCCUAGUCGACGAAGCUCUUUCUCAGCAUAUCAAUUUAGUGCGUCAGACGAAGUGGAUUGGAAGGCCUUCUGGAGCACGGGAACAGAUGCCGUGAUGGAUGUACCAAUCGGCGGCGUCUGUGAGAUAUUGUACGGCAGCGACGGGUGA